CGGCGAAGCGGCGGAGCGGCCGGGCGCCCACUCGUCCGACCCUGGGGCGCGGAGGUGGGCGCCGCGGCGCAGGAUGGGCUGGUGCGGCUGCCGCUCGGGGCCGCCGCCGUCGCGGCUGCUGCCGCUGCUGCUGCUGCUGGCGGCGACCGGCGCGGCCCCGCGCUCCGCGCUCUACUCGUCCUCCGACCCGCUGGCGCUGCUGCAGGCGGACACGGUGCGCGGCGCCGUGCUGGGUUCCCGCAGCGCCUGGGCCGUGGAGUUCUUCGCCUCCUGGUGCGGCCACUGCAUCGCCUUCGCCCCGACGUGGAAGGCGCUGGCCCACGACGUCAAAGACUGGAGGCCAGCACUGAACCUUGCUACCCUAGACUGUGCCGAUGAGACCAACAAUGCAGUCUGCAGGGACUUCAACAUCCCUGGCUUCCCAACCGUGAGGUUCUUUAAGGCCUUUUCCAAGAAUGGCUCAGGAACAACAUUGCCAGUAGCUGGUGCUGAUGUGGAGACGCUGCGGAAGAGGCUCAUCGAUGCCUUGGAGUCCCAUAGUGACACUUGGCCCCCCGCCUGUCCCCCACUGGAGCCUGCCAGGCUGGAAGAGAUUGAUGGAUUCUUUGCAAGAAACGACGAGGAGUACCUGGCCCUGAUCUUUGAAAAGGAAGGCUCCUAUCUGGGUAGAGAGGUGGCUCUGGACUUGUCCCAGCACCAAGGCAUAGCAGUGCGCAGGGUCCUGAACACGGAGGGUGAUGUGGUGAGCAAGUUUGGGGUCACCGACUUCCCAUCUUGCUACUUGCUGUUUCGGAAUGGCUCUACCUCCCGGGUCCACGUGCUUCAGGAAUCCAGGUCCUUUUACACCGCUUACCUGAAGAAGUUUUCCAAGCUCACCCGGGAGGCUGUCCCAACCAAGGUUGUGCCAACCACCGCUCACACGAUAGCUCCCACCGUGUGGAAAGUCGUGGAUCGCUCCAAGAUCUACAUGGCUGACUUGGAAUCUGCGCUGCACUACAUCCUGCGGGUGGAAGUAGGCAAGUUCUCUGUUCUGGAGGGGCAGCGCCUCGUGGCCCUGAAAAAGUUCAUGGCCGUGCUGGCCCAGCACUUCCCGGGCCAGCCCUUAGUCCAGAACUUCCUGCAUUCCGUAAAUGACUGGCUCAAGAGGCAACAGAGAAAGAAAAUUCCCUACAGUUUCUUUAAAGCUGCCCUGGACAACAGGAAGGAGGGCACUAUGAUUGCCAAGAAGGUGCACUGGGUUGGCUGCCAGGGGAGUGAGCCACAUUUCCGGGGCUUUCCCUGUUCCUUGUGGAUCCUCUUUCAUUUCCUGACGGUGCAAGCAGCUCGGCACAAUUUAGACCACUCACAAGAAACAGCCGAGGCCCAGGAAGUCCUCCAGGCCAUCCGGAGCUACGUGCGCUUCUUCUUCGGCUGCCGAGACUGCGCCAACCACUUCGAGCGGAUGGCGGCGGCCUCCAUGAACCGGGUGGAUAGUCUGAACAGCGCCGUGCUCUGGCUCUGGUCUAGUCACAACAAGGUCAAUGCUCGCCUGGCGGGUGCGGCCAGCGAGGACCCUCACUUCCCCAAGGUGCAGUGGCCACCCCGUGGACUCUGUUCUGCCUGCCACAACGAUCUCCGGGGUUCGCCUGUGUGGGACCUGGACAACACCCUCAGAUUCCUCAAGACCCACUUCUCCCCAAGCAAUGUUGUCCUGGACAUGCCUUCUGCUGUACCGGGCCCCCAGAUGGGUGCCCUGAGGAUGGCAGCCGGGAAUGUUACUCUGAGCCCCAAGAAGGCUGGGAUCGCGGUAGGCCCAGGGACCAAGUCUCCCAGAACCACUGUUCCUGAGGUUCCCACAGAGAGACUCAGUGCCACGUACCCCCAGGAUAUGCUCCUCGGUCUCAGUGUGACGCCAGCUGAGCCAGACCGGGGAUCUCGUGAGCACAGAGCAGAGCUUCAGAUGGAUAAGCUGGAGCAGCCAAAAGGGCAGCAACACUUGACCAAGCGAGACACGGGAACAGUAUUGCUGGCUGAGUUCCUGGCUGAGAAGAACCUCCCCAGAAACCCUUCAGAGCUGAGGCGAGUGGGUCGCAGCUCAAAGCAGCUGGCCAGCAUUCCUGAGGGGGAGCCGGAGGCUGGGCCCAUGGGGGGCCGGGACCAGUGGCUGCAGGUGCUGGAAGGGAACUUCUCCCACCUGGACAUCAGCCUCUGUGUGGGGCUCUACUCCCUGUCUUUCAUGGGCCUUCUGGCCAUCUAUACCUACUUCCGGGCCAGGAUAAGGGCACUGAAGGGCCAUCCUGGCCACCCCACAGCCUGAGCCAUUCAGCCUGGGAGCGGGGCAGGAAAGGGAGCUGCCACUCAUGGUGCUCUUCCAGCCCCCUGCCCCUCUCUCCCCUUUUUCCCCUUGUUCCUUGUCCAGGGAAAUCCAGGGAAACUAGUUGCUCCAGUGAACUCCUUGGGCCUUCUGGGAAGGAAUGUCCCAUAGACAUAAAAGCAUGCAUAGGGUUUGCGUUCAGCUGACAACACCCGGGAGGGCAGCCUUGGGCAGAGGGGUUGGGAGGCUCAGUCCCUGGCCCCUCAACACCAGCUUCCUCUUUUUCAUCUUAUUCAAAGUCCUGCCUGUUCUCGCUGAAACUUCCAUGUCUCCCCUUGGUCUUGGCCCUAAACUGGGGCAAGCAAGGCCACAGCUCCCCAGUUUCCCCAUCCAAAGGGGAGGGGUCCAGAGCUAGUGGGCUAGAGCAGAACUCUGCUAUAUUCCAAGGUUCUGUCCAUCCCCCUCUCUUCUGAAUAUAAAGAGGCCUUCGUGCCAGAGAAAGAAGGAUUGCCUCUGGCCCUCUGUGGCCUGUUUAUCCUCCAGCCCCUCACAUCUCCAGGAUGGGGUUUGCUCUGUGUGUGUGGAUGGCGGGGGGGGGGGGGGGGGGGCGUGUCUGGAAGCUUCUGAAAGUCCUGCUGGUCUCCCAGGUGAGGCUUGAGUCAGGGUUGGAAGGAGGAGAGCCUCUGGAUCCUUCCCCAGACCUCUGCCGCUGGAAGUGGUGUGGACUUGGAUGAGUGAUGGCCACAGGGCUGGGUGGUGAGCAGCUGGCUCAGUGGGACUGGAGAAGAGCUAGUAUGGGAUUUAGGGAAGGGUACUGGUGUCUUUAGUGCCUUGGCUCUGGGCUUAGCUGUGAGAGUACAGCGAAGCCACAGGAAAAAGAUGGUUGCUUCAGAUGUGCUUUGGCUCCUCCCCAGUGGACUCUACCCGGCUUGGAGUGGGGUCUUUUGUCUUUUGAUCUUGGCCUCCAAAACAGAUGCUAAUCUUUGAAUGUGGAGGGUGCUGGAGUGAGAGGGGAGUAUCAUUUCUCUUGAGGGUCCACCUCCCGUCGUGUAGAGGUUAAAAGGGUCAGAGGGGAGGGUGACUAUAUGUACACAUGCUUGAUUCCCACUCUACCCCACUGCUUGGGGUGGGGGGUUGUGGAAUAAAUUAUUUUUGUUAAGGCAA